AUGUCGUUCAUCCAGCUAUAUAUCCCUACUGAAGUAUCAAGGGAUGUAAUCACCACACUAGGGGAGAUUGGGAACGUACAGUUCAAUGAUUUAAACCAAAAUGUUAGUGCUUUCCAAAGAACUUUUGUUCAAGAAAUUAGAAAAUUUGACGAAGUUGAACGUCAAUUGAGGUAUUUAACAAGUGUUAUAGAGAAAGAACAUGGUUUACUAAUAGCUCAUAAUCCAACUUUAACAAUAGCUCAAAAUUCAAUAUCGAGUAUUGAAAAUCUGAUUACCGAUGUUGCAAAUUUGGAAAAUAGAGUUCAACAAUUAGAUUCAUCAUAUGAAGAACUAAAACAUAGAGAACAUAAAUUAUUAGAAUAUAGACAUGUUUUGAAUAGCUCACGUACAUUUUUUGAUAAUAAUAUUGAAGGGCAAGCAAGAAUAAGUAUAGAUCGAGUUGAUGAUGCACCUUUAUUAUUGGAACAAGAAAGUUUAGAAGCUGGUUAUCAAUUAUCAAAUCUAAAUGAACUUGCAUUAAAUUAUGUUGUUGGUUCAAUCCCAAGAUCUAAAGUGGAAAUAUUAAAUAAGAUAUUAUGGAGAACUCUUAGAGGUAACUUAUACUUUAAUCAUGUUGAACUUGAAGAAAAAAUCUUGGAUAUUCGUUCAGGUAAUGAAGUGGAAAAAGAUGUUUUCAUAGUAUUCACACAUGGUGAAUUAUUACUACAAAAAGUUGAAAGAAUUAUUGAUUCAUUGGAUGGUAACGUGUAUGAUGUUUCAUCAGAUCUUGAUAUUCAUGAACAAUCAAUCCAACAAGUUAAUGCUCAACUAACAGAUGUUUCUCAUGUCUUGACUAAUACCCAUCAAACAUUACAUACAGAACUCUAUGUUAUUGCAGAUCAAUUACAAAUAUGGCAGGCCAUUAUAAGAAGAGAAAAAUUAGUUUAUGUUACAUUAAAUAAAUUCAAAAGUGCAAAUCGUGGGUUAAUUUCAGAAGGUUGGGUUCCAUCUACCGAAAUUGAUCAGGUUAAAAACGCAUUAAGAGAUGUUGAAGGUGCAGAAUCUGCAGUUUUAACCAUUGUUCAUACAAAUAAGACACCACCAACUUAUCACCGUACAAAUAAAUUUACUCAAGCAUUCCAAUCCAUCGUGGAUGCUUAUGGUAUUGCUUCAUAUCAAGAAGUUAACCCAGGGUUAGCUACUAUUGUUACGUUCCCAUUCAUGUUUGCUAUUAUGUUUGGUGAUUUAGGUCAUGGUUUUAUUGUUUUAUUAGCUGCAUUAACUCUUGUAUUAAAUGAAAAAAAGUUAGCAUUAAAGAAGAAAGAUGAAAUUUUCGAUAUGGCUUAUAAUGGUCGUUAUAUUAUUUUGUUAAUGGGUCUUUUUUCAAUUUAUACAGGGUUAUUAUACAAUGAUGUUUUUUCCAAAUCAAUGACAUUAUUCCGUUCUGGUUGGAAAUAUCCUGAAGACUUUAAAUUACAUGACACAGUCGAAGGUACCAAAACAGGAGUUUAUCCAUUUGGUUUAGAUUGGGCAUGGCAUGGGGCUGAAAAUAAUUUAAUUUUCACAAAUUCCUACAAGAUGAAAUUAUCUAUUUUAAUGGGGUUCAUUCAUAUGUCUUAUUCAUUCUUUUUUUCAUUAGUAAAUUAUCGUCAUAGACAUUCAAAAGUCGAUAUCAUUGGUAAUUUCAUCCCAGGUUUAAUAUUUAUGCAAUCAAUUUUCGGUUAUUUAUCUUUAGCUAUCGUCUAUAAAUGGUCUCGUGAUUGGAUUAAACUAGAGAAACCAGCACCGGGUUUAUUAAAUAUGUUGAUUAAUAUGUUUUUAGCACCUGGUGUUAUUGACGCUGAAUUAUAUCCAGGUCAAAGUUUUGUUCAAGUUAUAUUGGUGUUAGCAGCUGCUGUAUGUGUACCCUGGUUACUGUUAUAUAAGCCAAUGACUUUACGCCGUCAAAAUAAUAGUGCUAUUGAAGCUGGUUAUCAUAAUUUACAUGAUUUAUCACAUAAUGAUACUUUAGCCGACACUGAAGAACAUGCUGGUGAUGAUUUCUUGGUUGAAGAUUUUGAAGAACCCGAAGAAUUUAACUUUGGUGAUAUCAUGAUUCAUCAAGUCAUUCACACUAUUGAAUUUUGUUUGAAUUGUGUUUCCCAUACAGCUUCAUACUUAAGAUUAUGGGCUCUGUCAUUAGCUCAUGCUCAAUUAUCUUCAGUCUUAUGGUCAAUGACCAUCGCAAAUGCAUUCUCAAGUGAAGCACCAGGAUCACCUUCAUCAGUUGCAAAAGUUGUUUUAUUAUUUGGAAUGUGGUUUGUUUUAACUGUUUGUAUCUUAGUUUUAAUGGAAGGUACUUCUGCAAUGUUACAUUCUUUACGUUUACAUUGGGUUGAAGCUAUGUCCAAAUUCUUUGAAGGUGAAGGAUACGCUUAUGAGCCUUUCACCUUGAAAGAUAUAGGUGAAGAACCUGCUACUGCAACUUGA